AUGCUGACGAGGAGGCCUUAUGGCAUCACAGGCAGGGUGUUCCUCCGAAUGAUGGGUUUGGAAUCUGAGCCGGAGACUGCCAAAGAGACGGCAUGUCGUAAUUUGCUCCAGCACACUCUCCAUCACCUGUUACCAUCCGAUGAAGUAGGCGAUUACCUCGAAGGCGCCGCUGCUGCCUUGAAAAUCGGGCAAUCGCCAGCACUUAUCAACGACUCUUUGAGGAUUGUUGGUGAAAUAGCUGAAAAGUGGGCUCCUGCUACUAUAUUGGGCUCACAUUGCGAGCAUGUUGUUCCUCUAGUCAUCAAAUUCUUAGGACAACGUAUCAGCGUGGAAAUGGCUUCGUACGCGAUGGAAAAGUACUGGCUUGCUGUUCCCGCCAAAGUUGAGGCAGUGGUGUUACGUGAGGGGCUCACGGCAUCAUCCAAUGUUGUUGAUCAAUGUUUGAAGUGGUACCUGCGCAUGAUACCUGAUUUGUCUUUGGACGCUGCCCUCACCCUGAUAGUUGGCUUAUUGCUGGGAGAUCUGGCGGAGGUUAAGCUGAGUGCCAUCCAAUUAUUGGGAAAGUAUUCUCGCUUGGGCAAUACACAAAAGAACGUGUUGCGUGUAAAGUUGUUGUCCUCGAGCAUUCCUCCAGAAACUUGUGCUGCGAUUUUGCAGCACAAAACUCCACCUCGUACAAAGGCCCCGGUGAAGGUUGACUCUGAAAAGAUUCCACCAUCCGGCAAGGCCACCUCCACAAGCGAUUCAUCAUCUUAUCUGGGCAUGUCACCGUCGCUCACCAUUGCUCUAGCUAAUGUGAAGUAUACCCCUGAGGAACUUGAAGGUCUUGAAAUUAACAAUUACCAAUUGAAUUCGCAGUUGGAGGAAAUGAGAUCGUGCUUUGCUGGCAAAGAAACGGAGCAAAAUUGGCGGUUAAGAGAUAACCUGAUUCACAUGAUGCGACAAUGGCUACGGGGACCUAAAGCUCAACAACCUACAGUGGUUGACAUAGUGAUCAAGAACAUCGAAGGUAUCUGCAAAUCGGUCAAAUCGAACCGCACUACGUUGUCUACCCAAGGGUGCCAACUUGUUAAGGAUGUUGUCAUCCUUGACACGCCUGUUGCAGAUGAAUUCGCUACGAAAGUCAUUCCUACGUUUCAGGAGCUUUGUAGCAGCACGAAAUUGAUCACUCACACUAAUGCAAAUAUGGUGCUAGUGGUAUUUUGUCUAAAGCUUACUUCUCCAACAGCAGUGGCUCGCAUCAUCCGGCACGGAGCCAAUCUUAAGAACGACCAGCCUCGACUGUACGCGCUGUUAUGGCUUCAAAUUUACAUUGAUAAGUUCAAGCGAGCACCAGAUUUUGAUGCUCAAUUCGUGAGCGAAAUUAUUCUCAAACUUGUGUCUGAUAUAAACCCCAAAGUGCGGCAGGCUGCACGAAAUGCGUUUUUAAGCUUCGAGGAGGUUCGCGCCGAUUUAGCAGGCGAGCUAUUUCGGAAGAUUCCGUCUAACUAUGCUAAAGCAAUACGGACACAGGGUCACACCCUGGCUGCAUCUAGUCGGCCAGGUUCUGCUCAAGGAUACCGCUCACUUUCAAGUGGACGUCCCUCCGAAAACAUUCGUCGGGUUAGUCAUCUGGAAGUAGACAAAGCUUUGGAGCCACAAUCUAGAAGAACAUCUUCGAGACUCGGUCGGGAAGCAACAUCUCGUAAGCCCGCAGACUUCCAUCGCACUACCAGCGCUCCCGAAGUACCCUUAAGUACCAAGCCCCUACCGCUGCUUAAGACAAAGGCUUCGCCGAGUUUACUGUUUGAUCAGCACUCUUCGACUGCUAGUGAAAAGGUGUCAUUACCACCUGUGGUGCCAAUGCCACUGAAGGGUCUGCCAUUUUUCAACCCACCUACGCCAUCUGAAAAAUCAACCAAUAACGUAAGCGCUGUGGAGGUUAAUCACGAGGAGACUUUGGAAGCGUUGCUUACACUGGGACAGUCGAGUAAAGUGCUGCUAGGGGUACAAAGCUUGAUACAGAAGUUCAACAAUGAUGAAAACUUGAAUGACAUGGGUACCAAUCUUGGUCGUGCUAUUUACCAAGCGCUGUUAAAGUUUCCCGUCCUUCUAUUCCCAUUACUUCGUCAACACCCUCGUAAACUCGCUGCUGUGAUACCCAUAAGUACAUUCAUUCGUUUGAUGUGUGUUCUGGAAUAUAUUCUGGAUGAAUACAUCGCUAUAAUGAAGAAUUCCGGUCAAGAUGUUGUAUUGCAUGCUUUGAUUGAGUUGAUGAGAUGGUGCGAUCUGCCAUCAAUUGCACCUGAUCCUGAACUUACAACUCACAUCAUUGACCAUAAAAAUACUUUGAUCAUUCCCCUGUUGAUUCGUUUAUUAAGAGCAUUGGUGCCAGAGUACAUACCACCCGGAGGAGAAUAUGGAAAUAUAGUCAGUCAACUAUUUUCAAUGAUCCUCACGAUCGAUGAUCCUUGGGAUGCAAAUAUUGUUGAUCUCCUUCAAGAGCUUCAAAAAAUCAAUGCACCACGUUUUGAUGUCGAAUUGUGUGCGUUGGGUGAUUCUCGAAAAUUUAUUGAAAAACUUCUUCGUGGCGAGCGUCCGGUUACCAUAGAGUCAAAUGAGGAGGAUUUUGUCAUGAGCCCAGUAAAGGUAGCCUCAGCGACAUCCAGGCCAACCCUCCCAAAACCAUCACUCUCAACUUCGCAACGUAUUGAGCCCGAGGCUCCUCAAUUAGUGAAAGACUUUGCUGAAGUGCUGCUUAGUGAAGAUCUGCUUCGUCAUAUCAUUCAACAAGCGGAUCCCCUCGAGAAAAAGGUUCAACGCUCAAAACAGAUUGAAAUUUUCAAUGAUCCACCUGAGCAGAAGAAGCAAGAUACUGAAGUGGAACGAGAAGAUCGUUGGUUUACGCUUAUGAUGACCCGAUUCCUGGACCUGUGCAAUAUAAGCGAGGCGUUUGUUGAGCAGGAGUUGGAUAUACCUGAUAUACUGAACGCCAUCUUACUGUUAGGUUCUGGCGAUAUCGAUGAAAAGGGUGUAGGUCUUAUUUUGAACGCUCUCAGCGAUUGUCCUGAGGCAAAAUAUCCAGAUGUGGAUUUGGCAUUGUGGAAUUUUUUUAAGUUUGCACCAGCAAGUAGACGGCCAUGGGGUCUAGUCAUUUUGAGGCAAUUGCUCAUAAAUAAUUAUGUGCUUGACUUACAGCAACUUUGGCAAUCGCUCAGCUCACUAAUCGAUUUAUCCGAUUCUUAUGAAGAAGUGCAUGUGGCUUUGGAUGAGUUAGGUGACAAUAUAUUUGAUGGGACUAAUGACGUGCAACAGAUUAUUGGCUUGAUAUUCGAUUCACUCGCUGAUUUGCCGAAUCUGCUGACAUUAAAUGUCUUGUUUCAAACAAGCAUGCUAAAGAAGGCCUUAUUAUUGCCAUCACCUUCCGAAGUUGUCACUGCUGAUUUUGUUGAGCGCCUCGAUUACUGCUUACGCCAUUAUCUCAAUGAUGAAGCAUCAGAAUUGCGCCAAGCUUCGGUGUCUGUUUAUUCCCAAUUGAUGAGGGUUAGGAAUUGUGAACUGCAAACUGCCAAUGUGAUCACGAAAGUCAUCAACGAACUCCCCAAUAAUCAACGCGAGUUAAUUCGGUAUUAUAGCCGAGAUGAAGUGUUGUGA